UCAACAUUUGCGACAAAGCUACCUACGCAAAAACACAUUCGCGUCCACCUCAUACACAGCCGCUACGUCUAUAUCGCGUCUUCUAUCACUGUCGCUCUACGCAACUACACACAUCACAUUCAUCCAAGAUGGCGCAAUCAGCAGCGCCCAACAACCCAUUCAUCAAGCAAUUAGUCCACAAUGACCGUCAAGUUCGGGACAAAGCCGUAGCCUCCCUCCGCACAUUCCUCUCCCGCUCCACCCCCUUCACCUCGCUCGAUUUCCUAAAACUCUGGAAAGGCCUCUUUUACUGCAUGUGGUCCUGCGACAAACCAGCUCCUCAACGCCGUCUCGCCCUCGACCUCUCCGCCCUCGUAUCCCUCCUCUCCACACCCGCAAACUUCCUCGGCUUCAUGCGCGCAUUCUGGCAAACCAUGGCUAGAGAAUACACGGCGAUUGAUUCUCUGCGUAUGGAUAAAUUCCUGUUUUUGAUUAGGAGUUUUGUGAGUGCCGCGUGGGGGUGGUGUGCCAAGGGUAAUUGGAAAGAUGCAGAGACGAGGAAGCAAUAUGGAGAGUUGCUCAAGGAGAUCCCGUUGCAUCCUAGGGAUCCCAAGGUGCCGAAUGGAUUGAAGUAUCAUGUCAUUGAUGUCUAUGUUGAUGAGUUGGAGAAGGUUGGGGGUGAGAACGCGCCGUAUGAAGAGCUGAUGGAGCCGUUGGUCGAGUUGGGACAGAAAGGUCUGUUGAAGAGUGUGAGGAAGAAGGUUGCCGAGGCUCUGGACGACUCAAGAGUCAAGGAGUGGCUGGGCAUUGAGGAUGAUGAGGAGGAGGACGAUGAGGAACUGAGCGAGGCUGAGGCAGAGAUCGAGGGUGAGGACGAGGAUGAAGAGUUUGGUGGCUUUGACGAUUGA